AUGGCGGCGGAGGAACCUCCUCAGCAGAAGCAGGAUCCUCUGGAAAACGACUCUGAAGGAGUUAACUGUUUGGCCUACGAUGAAGCCAUCAUGAUGCAGCAGGACCAAAUUCAGCAAGAGAUUGCCAUCCAGAAUCCGCUGGUCUCAGAGCGCCUGCAGCUCACGGUGCUUUCGGAGGAGUAUGCGGAAGAGGACAACGUCUAUCAACAGAAGAUCAAGGACCUCCACAAAAAAUACUCCUACCUCCGAAAAACCAGGCCUGAUGGCAACUGCUUCUACCGAGCCUUCGGCUUCUCCCACCUGGAGUCCCUUCUGGAAGACAGCGAGGAGCUGCAGAGGUUCAAAGCCAUCUCCGCCAAGAGCAAAGAGGACCUGGUGUCCCAGGGCUUCACUGAGUUCGCCAUCGAGGAUUUCCACAACACCUUAAUGGACCUGAUCGAGCAGGUGGAGAAGCAUACCUCAGUGACCAAACUGCUGGCCUCGUUCAAUGACCAGAGCACCUCCGACUACCUGGUUGUCUACCUGCGGCUGCUCACCUCUGGCUACCUGCAGCGUGAGAGCAAGUUCUUCAAGCACUUCAUUGAGGGGGGACAGACGGUCGAGGAGUUUUGUCAUCAGGAGGUGGAACCCAUGUGCAAGGAGAGUGACCACAUCCAUAUCAUGGCGCUGGCGCAGGCCCUUAGUGUCCCCAUCCUGGUGGAGUACAUGGACCGCGGUGAGGGGACCACACAUCCCCACGUCUUCCCAGAGGACUCAGAGCCCAAGGUGUAUCUACUGUACAGACCGGGACACUAUGACAUCCUUUACAAAUAG